CAUUGACGCUUGCGCAGAUGAGACUCCCGGGCCUUUUACUUCGCAUACCUGUCGUUUCUCUUCGGAAAACGGACGUCUAGCCGGAAGGGAAUGGCGGCAGCCGCUCUAAAAAGACUUUGGUCGCAAAGCCGCGGGGAUGCAGGGGACUCGGCAACCGCGAAGCCAAGUGUGUGGGCGAGGUUGGGUGCCUGGGCUCGCGCACUGCUCCGGGACUACGCGGAGGCUUGCGGGGACGCGGCGGCGGCGGCACGGGCCCGGCCCGGCCGUGCCGCAGUGUACUUGGGAUUGCUGGGCGGCGCGGCGACCUGCUGCGCACUUGCGCCUAGCGAGCAGGCCUUCGAGGAGGCUCUGCUCGAUGCGUCGGGGACUCUGCUGCUGCUGGCGCCCGCCACGCGAAACCGCGACUCGGAAGCGUACGUGCAGCAGCUACUUUGGCUGCGGGGCCGCGGACGACUCCGCCACGUGAAUCUGGGACUCUGCUCACUGGUGUAUGAGGCUCCCUACGACCCCCAGGCCAGCCUUUACCAGGCCCGCUGCCACUAUUUGCAGCCUCGUUGGGCGGAGUUCCCAGACCGGAUCUUGGACGUGGGCUUCGUGGGUCGUUGGUGGGUACUGGGGGCUCGGAUGCGCGACUGCGACAUCAACGACGAUGAGUUCCUCCACCUGCCUGCACAUUUGCGCGUUGUCGGGGCUCAUCAGCUGCAUUCGGAAGCCAAUGAGAGGCUCUUUGAUGAGAAGUAUCAGCCUGUCGUGCUCACUGACGAUCAGGUGGAUCAGGCGCUAUGGGAGGAGCAGGUCUUGCAGAAGGAAAAGAAGGACAAGCUGGCCCUGAGCCAGGCCGAGUCUCUGAUGGGGAGGGCCCGAAAUGAAACCCAGUGAGGCCUGGAUCCGGUCCCAGCCCCAAGCCCUGGCAGACUGUUUGCCCGGCACUGUGCAGUUGGUGUGAGUGAGCUUCAAGUGCAGAGUGACUGAAAUAAAUUAUAUGUAGAGUGUUCUCGCUGGGUUUUCAUAAAAUCGGGGAGCCUUUCUCCCUCUCACAUUUUUCCUAACACUGAAGCUAACUCAGCCUUUUUGGUCUAGGAGUUGGAGAGAGCAAAAGCAGCAAGACCAUAUAAUGUUAAUCAUUGCCAGAGUUAGUAAUUGGCUUUAUACCUAAGUAAGCUUUUUUUAUUGGGCCUUGUGCCCUCCCGCCCGACUGAGGCAUUAUAUCUAACAGGUAACUCGCAGGCUCUCCUAAAACCAUUCAGAUUUUUGUUUUAAAUUUUAAGCUGCAAUGUUUAUACUCUAAUUUUUAUGAGUAGCAUUUUUGUUUUAAUUUACUUUGAAAUAAUUACAGUACUAGAGUAAACUGGAAAAAUAAUACAGGGCACCCUUUGUACUCUGUCCAGCUUCCCCUAAAUGGUAAAACAUUUUACAUAAGCAGUGCCAAACUAGAGAUUGACAUUGGUAUGACUUUGGAUUUUACAGAGAAACUUUUUGCAAAAACAGUAUGCUUUUACCAUUUGUGUAUUAAUAGUGAUAUUAAAGUGAGUUGGAAUGAUAAAACAUUUUCUGACUUGGAAAUCUAUAUGGAAUCAUACAUUCUGGUUAUGUUAUACUUCAGAAACCUUUAAAACACAGAAUGCUAUGGAAAGGAACAUGUUAGCUGACAUUUAACUAGGUUAUGGUAAUAAUACUUUAAAAACUAAACAUGCAGAGUGAGACUAACUUUCUCACCUAGAUGGCCUGUGGCCAGUUACUAAAGCCAGGAGAUGAAACAACCAGCUUUGUUGUGAUUUUGUGUUCUUGUGCUUUGCUUCUAAGUUUUGGUACUUAGACCUUUUACUUGUACUAUGGGUGUGCUGGACAAAUAGCAAUUUUUAAAUCCUUGUUUUGGGGGCAAAGGAGCAUCUGAGCCUACAUUUCCAUUUUCCUAAGUAAAAAGUGAGGGUCAAAAAGUUUUAUUUUUUCCAAGACAGUGGCAGAGCCAUGAUUCUAACUGUAACUCCCAGCCCUGUCACUUAAUUUUGAAACGUAUAGCACCACCUUUGAUCCUAACAACAUCCUGUCAGAAAUUACUAAAUACUGUUAUCAGUAAACAUAAGUAAAACUGGAAUACAGAAAUAAA